CAAAUCUCUCUCUACCAUAGAUGUGCGAUUUCAGCGUUAUCAAAUGAAUAACUCAGAAAUUCACUGAACUUGGGUUAUUGAUUUGAUGUCAUCUCUCCCUUAACUUGGGUUUGUUGAUUUUAUAUCAUCUCUCUAAGUCAAAACUAUGAUUUUGCCAUCUUAUCUCCAUUUUUCCUAAGCUCCAUGUUCGCAUUCUCAGCUGAAGAACUCGAAAGCUUAGAAGCUUGGGUUUCUUAAUUUAAUAUCAGUUCUCUCUGUGUGUAAGCCAUGUCAUCUCCAAUUUUCUCUGAACUCCAAUUCCUUGUUAUCAAGUGAAGAGCUUAGAAUUCACGAACUUGGGUCUGUUAAUUUGAUAACAAUUCUCUCUCUCUCUCUCUUUCUCUCUCUCUCUCUCUCUAAACUAUAUUUGUGCUGUUUCAUCUCCAAUUUUCCCUGAACUCCAAUUUGGCCUUAUCAAGUGAAGAAAUCAGAAUCCACGAAUUUGGUUUUGUUAAUUUUAUAUCAGCUCUCUCUAUAUAAUUGUGCCAAUUCAUCUCCCUAAACUCCAUGUUCACGUUGUCAAGUGAAGAACUCAGAAAUAUACGAACUUGGAUUUGCUUGUGCGAGAUGUCGGUUUUGUAAUAGCAUGCCCCGACCUCCUACUCAGUUCAGUUGAGCUUCCAACUGCUGACUCUCACAUGACGGGUGGAAGCUCUGAAAAUUGGGAGCUCUCUGAAGCGUGGCUUCAAGAGUUGGAUGUGCAGCAUUUAGUUGAUUGGUUUGGAUCUCGAAAGAAGAACACACGAUUGGGAGACCAUUUUGCUGCAUGCAUUGAAUAUACGUUACGAUUUUCUCCCGCAGUCAAACUUAGCAAUUUGAUCAUUUCUCAACAAAUCAAUGAGACAAAUAUAGCAUACAAACUGGAUGAAAAAGUACCCAUCAGGGUUCCUUCAGAGAGUGCUGAGGGUGUUCGGCCAGUUGCUGCUAUGGAUGACAGGGAUCCCAAUUCAUUGAGAGAAAUGGAAAGUAUUCUUGAAGAACUCUCUCUCUCUAAAACAGGCAUGAAUAAGCAGCAGAAGAAGCUCCACAAUAAAUUAGCCAAGAAGAAAUUGAAAGCUACCCCAACUCGAACUGUUGGUGAAUUUGAUUUCAUAUUCUCAUGCUCUGAGACUCACAACCUCUCCAAACCCAGUUCUAUUUACAUUGAGAAAGCUCCAGUGUUAGAAAGCUUACAUCUUCCUCACACUAAAGCAAGAGAACGCUUAGAUUUUGUUUCUCACACUAAAACUAGAGAGCUCUCUCCUGACUAUCUUUCUGCUACACAUGUUCACCAUUGGGAAGCUUCUGUGAAGUUCUUGCUCUAUGUUGGUCCCUGGGAACCAUUUGGUCUGAAGACACCAGACACAGCGACCUGGAAAUCCAUGAAAAUCAAGGAAGAUAUCUUAUUUGAAAGCCAUAAUAGAAUGGGAGAAACCCAAGUUGGAAACUUCUCCAUGGUUUGCUUGCUCUGCUGUUUUGUUGGCCCCCAUAUUGGAGAGACACUCUGUGACAGGAAGUCCCGUCUUUCCAACCAGCUUUAUCUCUCUAAAAACUCUCUUGCUGCUUCAUUUCUUGAGAGGACCUAUAACCAUUCAGAUGCUGAUGAUCACACCUUGGAAAAAGCCAAUGAAUCUUUGAAGCAUUCGGAUGGAAAAAUUAACAACGACAUGGAAACCAUUCAGAACCCGCUUACUGUGAUUCCAGGUGCAGUUCUGAAGGGAUAUUUGUUCUAUGAGUUUGAGCUAUGGAAAGUCUUGGAGAAACGCAGGAAGCAUGAUAUUUCUCCCAAAAUUUCUGAUAUUUCAAUGGAAUUUAUCGGUAUUUCUUUAGAAGAACAAGGAAUUCAUGGAACUGAACUCACUAAAUCAGGCUUGAAUCCUUUUCAUUGGAUUGGGUGGUGGGCAAAUGUCCGUGAAUUCGAAACAUUUGCUAGGAAAUCAGAGGAGACCAGGUGGUACAUUGUUCCAAAGAAGGAAUGGCUAUCACCAGUAGUUACCGAGGUGUAUAAUGAGAAUAUAUUGACUUUGGAUGAGUUAUUGGUCAUGGCUGCAAAGGUUGCAGAGGAGGCACAAUCCCUACAAAUUCCUCGGAAACGUCGUUUCAUGGUUGUAGAAGUAAGGUGGAGAGAUGUAAAUUUAGAUUUAGGGAUAUGGGUUGAGAUUAGCAGAGGGUUUUUAGUGGAGGAGACAUGGCCAGGCAGUCGAGAGUACAGGCCUCAUGGCUAUAGACCUGAGCAAUCUCCUGGUUUAAGCUCUCAUGCAAGAGAAGAUACAAGCAUGGAGAAGAAAGGAGGGAAGAUUUGAAUUCCGAAUGAGCCCAAUAGAAAUUUUGGGGUAUUUUUGUGCAUCAGAGUAGAAACACAGAAAAAGGGCAGCUCUGAAACAUAGCCAGAGAGUUGCUCAGUAGGUACAUCAUCGCUACACACCUGACAAAUCUCUCGGUUUAAGCUCUAAGGAUAGAUGGUUCAAGCAUGGAAGGAACUUAUACUCAAUAUGAAUUUUCUGAGGAAGCCAAAAUGGAAUUGCAGAGUUCUUGGCGCUUGUGGAAAAAAACAGAAUUAUUCAUCGAAAAGAAACAGUUUUAAGUUUUUUAUUCAAGAAUUUGCUAUGAGCUCUUGGAUAUGGUGGAUCAAAGAUGCAUCAGAUUCUUUGACGUGGUUGAACAUUUAGGAGGGCUGAAGAAGUUGACAGGUUCCCGUUUCUGCCCGUUAUGGUGUUGUUUUGAAGUCAAAGGGGGAGAGAGAGAGAGAGAGAGAGAGAGAGAGAGAGACUGGUUAAGAAACAUACAUCUUCGGGCCUGUUUGCCGUCUCCUGAUUUGGCAAAGAAGCCGCUUUGAGUCCAAUGCUUGCUUGGUAUUUUCCAUCUAUGAAUGAAAGGUUGUAUUUUCUCUAAAUAAGGCUGGUUAUAUUUACUCUAAUGACACUGAUUAUUAGU